AACAAGCCCAUGAGAAAGUAGUAAUUGAUUUCUUGAAAGUAUUGUUGAAAUACACACCUCUACUCAGAGACUUGAUCCAUGUACCGGUACAGUAUGUGGGGCAGAAGGUAAAUUUAGCCUGGGUCGUUAUUGGAAGUUACAAAGAGUCAUUUCUUUAUGUGCACGUUGAUGCAAAUCCUCUGUCAGGCAUUUAUUUUUAAGAGUCAUGUGAGAAUAUCAAAAAAAAAAUCUUAGGUGAGAAUCCGGACAGGAAAUAAUUCAAUAUCUCAUGCGAAUGAACGUAAACGGAAAGGCUGUUUGUAUAACGUGAUGAUUUAACAAGCUAGUUUAUCAAAGUCAACAUGAGUAAAAUGACACGCAAGCGUCGAGCUUUCAGUUAUCAAAAGAAGUCUGAGAAUUGCCUCGCUUUCCAAAACCAUGAAGAAAAAAAAAGGACAGUGACCACAAAGUCUUUGUCAGGCCUUCGUGACAGGAGGUUAGUUCGGUAAACUCAAGUGUGGAUGGCAUUGUCGAGCAGAAAGACAAAUAACAGCUGGCACAUUGAUGAUGAGAGUAAUUGAGCCGUGUUGUUGUUUGAACAGUUUAAUCAUGCAGCAGUUUUUGCGCCUAUUGUGGCUCGGUGCAAUUGUCAUGUGCCGGUACAUUGCUGCGGCGUCACCCCCAGGGCCUAUUUAAGAGUCCGGAAACCUAAGAAGACACCUCGGCAGUUGUAUUUUGAAUGUCGUCAAAUCUGGCUUCGAUAGCGAUGCUGUCACAAACGCAGCCCGACUUGAGUGUGUGGAGGGCAACGCUUCUAUGGGCUCUACUUGUUGUAGGAGACGGAAAUACUAUGGACGACUGCUUGACCCGCAGAUGUCUGGCGAACAAGCUCGUCGACAAAAAGUUAAUAACUCAGCCGCAGCGCGACAACUGCUCCGAGUACAUCUAUGUAUCCUCCAUUGAGUAUGAAACCAUUAAAGUUGACACAAAGAAUCUUCGUUUAGGGUGUCGUUUACGGGCCACAAUUGAAUGGACCGAUGAUGACUUGUACUGGGACCAAUCCGUUUACCCGUACGAUGAGGUCAUUCUGCCCGUAAACAAAGUCUGGACCCCGGAUAUAUUUGUGACCAAUGGCAUAUCGGCGAGCACGCACAACAGCUUCCGUGACCUGAUAGUCUUCAGCAAUGGCACCUUGCGACACAGGGUGGUGAUGGCGGCCGAGGUCAACUGUGAAUUUAACCUCUUCAACUACCCCUUUGCUGAGGACGAAUGUCCCGUGGUUCUCCAAACCUGGUCCACUGAAGGAUGUGGUACCACCAUGGAAAUCGGUAAGAUGGAAGUUUUUGAUGGGAGCCAUGGCGACUGGGAAACGUUGGGCGCUUACCUCUUUUCGCCAACUGAUGACAAAUUCUAUAUCUCGGUGAUUUUGAAGAUCCGGCAACAAAACCCCUUCAUCACGCUGCUGCUUCCCAGCUUUCUGCUCAUCCUGGCCGACAUGGUGAGCUUCGCCCUGCCGCUGAGCUGUGGCGAGCGCAACUCCUUCAAGGUCACCCUAGUGCUGAGCUUCACCAUGUUCCUGCUUAUCCUCAACGACCAACUGCCUGGUGACAGCGAGUGCAGCCCCGUCAUAAAGUACCACUUCUGCGUGUGCCUGGUCAUGCUGGUGCUGAGCAUGCUGGUGUCCAUGGUGCUCACGCGGGUGGCCAAAGAUGGACGCCUCUUCUUCUGUUGCUUUUCCAGACGAGCAAAACCUGCAUAUCAGCUAAGUGGAGCUGAUGAGGAAGUCAAAGCAGACAUCAGCGUCAUCCAGCUGGACAACUCAGAGGAAACUCAGAUGCACCGAAAGGUGACCGAUUUCCUGGACGCCAUCAAAGCCAAGGAUGAGAAGUGCGAACGCAAUGAGGCGCUCGCCGACAGGAUCGACAAAGCCUUUUUCUGGUUCUAUUUCAUUCUGGGUACGCUCUACUUUUGCGCUAUGAUUACGGUUAUGGUGAAAUAUGAAUGCAACGUGAAUCAUUUGGAUUUCUUGUAAAUGCCAGUGAUGGCAAUUAAAGUACAAAUACUUGAUUACUGUACUUGAGUAGGGUUUUCAUGUAACUGUACUUGAUGGGUUCGUGGAAAACGCUUUGCGGCAGUUUGACUCCAAAAUAUUUUGGGGGUUAAAUAAAUAAUAAUAAAUGUUUCAAUGCAAUUUACUCUGCGCAUCAAGUUUCACUAUUCGAAGUCCGGUCUAUGUAACUGGAAGUAAAAAUUCCAUUUUGUACUCAAGUAUUUUUCAGAGUCUGUACUUUACAGGAAUUAAAUCAAUACUUCUA